UUUGUUACUGAGAAAUGAGUAAUCUCUGAAGAAAUAUUAAUGAGUAGUUUUCUACAAAAUUUUUAAACUUUUAUUAAAUUGUGUAUGUGAGUGGAAGUGCCGUAAUGAUGUAAGGUAGCCUUGCCUUGCUUUGCUAUAGAGGAGAAAAUACAUACAGAAAUCAUGUUUGUAGGAUUUUAAGGGUGUGACAUGAGAAAGCUCCAUUGCCUUGACUUUAUUUCUAAGUUGCUCUGUUCUUAAUAACCAUUUUUAAUAUAAUUUAACCUAGAUUUUCCUCAUAUAAUGAAUAUUAAGCCACAAAGAGAUAUUUAGCUAUUUGUUAAAUUCCUUGAACUUCAUGGCUAUGCUCAGCAAUACAGCCUUUCUCAGGGUAGAGAAGAUGUGGUUAUUAAAUGUACAUGAGGGAGAAAUACAGGCAGCUCUCUUUCACCAAAGUGUUCUCUUUGAAGCAUCUGUAAAAUAAAGUAGUUAUCAUAAAGCAGAUCAUGUUUUCCCAUGGGAAUGAUUUCAUAAUUACAGGCUUGCUUCUUUCCCUAAUUAUAAGCAAUAGCAUACUUUCAAAAAUUGCAACAGCUGUGAUAGAAAUAUCACCCACACUAACGACACCAGAGUCCUCAGGGCACUAUAGUUGUCCAUUCAGUCAUUCAGCAAGCAUUCAUUGAGUAUAUACUCUGUGCCGGGUACUGUUUCAGGCUGUGGGAAUUUGAUGUGGGCAAAAAAACACAUGCGCUUUCCCCACCACCCCGUCAAGAUCCUAAACUAGACUAGGAGGAGAGAUGGCUAUAAGCCAGAUAUUAAUUGUAAAUUAUAAAUGCCAAAAAGGAAAAAAAAAUGCAAGCAGACAUUGUCCGGAGGUGAUCGCCACACUAAGGUCUAACGGGUGAGCAGGAACUGAGGUGGGAGCAGAAAAGCGAUGUGGAGAGACAAUGAGCUCUGGAGGGACUUGGAGAGGAGUGAUGCAUCUGGCAUGGUGUGGGAGAGAAGGCCAAGGUCAGCAAGGGGGCCAGGAUGGGCACAUGUGUGGGUGCUGGAGGCCAGGUGACAUACAGGUGUGAUCCUUGUCCUAGAAGAAAUGAAAAGCCAUGGGAGAGUUUUCAGCUGAUGGGAUAAGGAUAGGGUGAAAUCAGGUCUGCCAUUUGAAUGAUCAUGGCAUGAUAGUCCUGCUCCCCUCCAGAGAACAGGUAGAAGAAUAUUCCACUAGUACAGAUGAAAGAUGACCAGGGUAGAGAUGGAGAAAAGUAAGUGGCGUGCGAGUGAGUUAAGAAGUAAAGACAUUGACUAGAGGUGGUAAUGAUUUGAAUAUGUGGAGUGAUGGAAAAAAGGUGGAAAGGAUGGCUCUGAAAUUUCUGGUUGGCAGAACACCACAAAUGAUGGUGACAUUCCUUGAAAGAGGGCCCAAUUUGGGAGGGAAGUUGUGUUUCAUUUUGGGUAUAUUACAUUUCAGUUUCCUGUGAAAUCUCAAAGCUGAGCUAUCAAAUAGUCACUUGGAUAUACUGGUCUGGUGCUCAAAAGUUUGGGCUGAAAAUAUAAAUGAGUCAUUGGCUGAUCCUACCAAGGAGAUGGAAGAGAGAUGUUGGUACAGGGAGGAGGAAAACCAGGAUUCUAAGGGGCCAUGGUCUUUAAGGGAGGAUAGUGCUUAAAGAGGAAAACAGUGGCCAGAAGUAUCAGCUGCUGCCAAGAAGUUACAUGCAGACUGAUAAAUACCAGUUGGGUUAAGCAGCAUCAUAUUACAGAGAACUGUUUUGGUUGAGGGGCUGUGUGUGGUGAAGCAGGGAAGACACUAGAUUGGAGCGAGUUGGGGAAGAGAUGAAGACAGUGAGUACAGAUAACUCAUUUGUAGCUUUUACGCUUGAAGGAAGAGGGCUACUGCUGGAGGAGGGUACACUGAGAAUCACAGGAGAGUUGCCUUAGAUGGUCAAGUUUGAGCAUAUUUUCCCACCAUUAGGUCAGAUGAGAGGAGGUACCCUUGGGAGGUAAUGAACACCUCUAGACAAUAAUGCUUAUAUAUGUGAGAGUGCCAAUUGUAUAUGAAGUUACAAAUCAGUUUUUCAUCGAUUAACUUCUUUUAGCAGAAACCACAUGUGCAUGUGUUUUCCCUGCUUUUCUCCUGUAUAUGGCUGCUGCAAUGCUGAGGACUGCAAAGAUGGCAUGGGAGAUAGCUCAGUGCUCAGGUGAAUUGUGUACAACAUCCAGUUCAGAACAAUCAGGCUGGGUAGCGGUUAUCACUUGGAGAAAAGAAAGGAUAAUAGUGGAUCAUCUUCUCUUUCAUUUCCCUUCUUUAAAAAAUGUAGACCAAGCGCGGUGGCUCAUGCCUGUAAUCCCAGCACUUUGGGAGGCCAAGACAGGCAAAUCACAAGGUCAAAAGUUCAAGACCAGCCUGGCCAAGAUAAUGAAACCCCAUCUCUACUAAAAAUACAACAACAACAACAAAAAUUAGCCAGGUAUGGUGGUGGGCACCUGUAGUCCCAGCUACUCAGGAGGCUGAGGCAAGAGAAUUGCUUGAACCCUGCAGGUGGAGGUUGCAGUGAGCCGAGAUUGUGCCACCACACUCCAGCCUGGGUGACAGUGAGACUCCAUCUCAAAAAAAAAAAAAAAAACAAAUCAAAAUGUAGAAUUUCCUCUAUGUUCUUUGUAUUGAGAAUUCAGUAUACACUGAUGGUUCCACCUCCAAAUUUAGAAAACUUUUUUCCCCACCCGCUGGAGUAGUUAGCUUUGCACAGCUGUCCUUCCUUAACUGCAGCCUGGAGCACAGCCCCAGUGGCGUCUGAGAGAACCCAGAGAUCCAGAGCCUACUUGAGGCCCUGUAGUCUAGGGAGACUGUCAAACCUGUGAAUGAGCUUCCUGAGCCCAGACUUUGCCGCUCCUCAAUUUCCCUCUGGCCUUGAGUACAGAAUUUGCAGCAGCUGACAAAGUACCUGAAGGGACCAGGCAAUGAUACUUCAAAGCUAAACCCCACUAUGCUGUGUGUACAGAGCAUGCUGCCUUGCAAUAUGGUUCUACCCUGAUGCUAAAAAAAGCAUAUAAACGUAAAGACUCUCCUUCUCCUACAGUUGACUCUGCCUCAUUACAUCCGGUGAGGGGCAAGUGUGAUGCCUGAUCCCUAAACUCCCCCCUCCCCCACGGUUAGGCUAAGACCGCCUUGCUGAGGCCAUGCAGCCUCUGUGCAUGCGGAGGCCUGAGCCUGCAUGUCUGGGCCUGGUGCUUGCAGGCCCAGUGAUGUCCCAGAAAGAGCCACUCACCUGUGGCAAAAUGGUCUGCGGCUGAGUCAGCUGCCAAAGUAAAAAGUGCACUAAAGCUGCUCACCAGGCCACGAGAAAGGCCACCUGCAAGACCGCCAAAGCGAACUGUGGCACAGAACGCUGUGCUGCGAACAGCCACGUGAGAAACCGAUGGCCCACACCCAGUGCCGCAUCUGCCAGAAGCCACCAGGGGUCAUUUUGUUCCUCAAGUGUCAUGUCCCUGAGCCAACCCCCCAGACGUGGAGGCUUGGGGAAAGGGCAAUGAAACCCUCGAACCUGGCCAGCUUCUGCCCAGUUUAAGAAUUUGAAACCAAGCAGGAAGGCAGAGGGAGAUGAAACUCAUCUUUAUUGCUGAUAAAGCUGCCAUCAGAGAUUGUGUCUUAUGUCUGGACACAUAGGCGUCCUAAUACCAAACUCAGAAUCAGAACCUUCCUAGGCAGCAGGCCGGCCUGAGCAGUGCUUCCCACAUGGGAGCCAGACCUUGCACAUGCAACGGGGAAACAAAGUGGGUGCUACCGGUGGGCAGCUGUCUGCCUCAAAAGCAAGAGUGCAGCCAGAUCAUGCCUGCCUGGUUUUCCCUUCCUAUGCAUGUCAGUCUAAUUCCUGAGUUCUGCCCCUAAGAGAGUAUGUAUAUGGGGCUUAAAGAGAAACUAGGAGGCUUGGCGUGGUGGCUCACUUCUGUAAUCCCAGCACUUCGGGAGGCUGAGGCGGGCGGAUCACGUCAGGAGAUCGAGACCAUCCUGACCAACAUGGUGAAACCCUGUCUCUACUAAAAAUACAACAAAAAUUAGCUGGGUGUGGUGCUGGGCACCUGUAAUCCCAGCUACUCAGGAGGCUGAGGCAGGAGAAUCACUUGAACCCGGGAGUCAGAGGUUGCAGUGAGCUGAGAUUGCACCACAGCACUCCAGCCUGGCGACAGAGCGAGACUCUGUCUCAGAGAAAAAGCCCAGGAGCUCCUGAAGCACCACCCAGAUGGAGAGAACAUCAGAAAUGAGGAUGAAACGUGCCACACACAGCCCCACCCUCACCCCAAGAUCUUCUCCCUGAUGUUAUAGUAGAAAGUCAAGCAUUUGCUACAGACUUGGAUGUCAUGCUAAAUUCUGAUGGCUUCAUGCACAUCUUAACAGUUGACAACCACAUCGUCACAGCUUGACAUGCAUUUCUUCAACUGGCAUGUGUUCUGUGUGCUCAGAAACACAUUAGGACCUAAGAGACUCCAGAGAAACACAUGGCCCAAUUUAGCUGUCAUCCUCUGUAGAGGGCAGAUGGGGACCGUAUUUAUGAAAUUUAGAGGAUAGUUGUCAACUCGUCGCAAUAGGACAUUAGCAAAAAACACCCAUGAACAAAAGUUUAUUAUGUGCCAAACUGUCCUUUAAACAGCCUUCAGGAUGAUUCUGGUUUUCUAGAGGUGUGUUCUUUCUCAGUGUGUCCUUUUUCAUGAGAGGAGAGGGGUGUAUAUUAUGAUAAGACGGGUUUGGGAGGGAAAUGACUUCAUGGGCUGGCUGUUGAGCUGCUUCCCUUUACAUCUCGGGGGAAAGUGUGGGUCACCCACAGUGGGUCCGGUGAAGGAAGCACGUGUGUGUGUAUGGAAGGGUGGUGCUGACCUCCCAGGCAGGACAUUACCCUUCUUCCUCUUCCUGACCACGUUCCCACAGCAGUCACGGUCAUCACUCAGCUUCCUGUUGGGGAAAACCUUGGACACUGUGCAUUCACCUGCUAUAACUGGCAAACUAAGGAUGACAGAGCGUUCAAUGAUGCUGUUCAGCUUGAACCCUGAGUUGACGCACAGACCCCUCUGCCCUAGUAUCCAGGGCAUAGCACGUCUGAAGGAAAGAUGGAGCCAUUCUUGGUGGGGCGGAAGAGGCAGGAAACUGCCGCCUGGGCAAAUCGUAUUCUGGGCCAAAGCAUCACAGAUGGGCACCAGUUGCGUCUUGAAGUGCCAUCAGCUGUAACUAAAGUUCCCAAUCCCAAGACGACAGCCAGGCAUUCCUGCCCCCAAGAACUGAAGACCAUGGAGCUCUCUGACAGCGACCGACCCGUCAGCUUCGGUUCCACGUCGUCCUCGGCCUCUUCCCGGGACAGCCACAGUUCCUUCGGCAGCAGAAUGACCUUAGUUUCAAAUAGCCAUUUGGGCUUGUUUAACCAGGAUAAGGAAGCAGGGGCCAUAAAACUGGAGCUGAUUCCGGCCAGGCCAUUUUCCAGCAGCGAGCUGCAGAGGGACGACCCUGCCACAGGGCAACAGAACACGGAUGAGGGCAGCGAAAGGCAGCCCAGGGCACCAUGGAGAGUGGACUCAAAUGGGGCGCCCAAGACGACUGCAGACUCGGCCACCAGCCCCAAGCUCCUCUAUGUGGAUAGAGUUGUUCAGGAAAUCCUGGAGACCGAAAGGACUUAUGUGCAAGAUUUAAAAAGCAUCGUCGAGGAUUACCUUGACUGCAUCAGGGACCAAACGAAACUUCUCCUGGGGACUGAAGAAAGAUCAGCCCUUUUUGGAAACAUACAGGAUAUCUACCACUUCAAUAGUGAACUUCUGCAAGAUUUGGAAAACUGUGAAAAUGAUCCUGUGGCCAUAGCAGAGUGUUUUGUGUCCAAGAGUGAAGAGUUCCACAUUUAUACCCAGUAUUGCACUAACUAUCCAAGAUCCGUGGCCAUGCUAACAGAGUGCAUGAGGAAUAAGAUACUGGCCAAAUUCUUCAGGGAACGUCAGGAAACUCUGAAACACUCGCUGCCUCUGGGGUCCUAUCUCUUGAAACCAGUUCAGCGGAUUCUCAAGUAUCAUCUCCUUCUGCAUGAAAUAGAAAAUCACCUUGAUAAGGACACAGAAGGCUAUGAUGUGGUGCUUGAUGCUAUAGACACAAUGCAGCGAGUCGCCUGGCACAUCAAUGACAUGAAGCGGAAACACGAGCACGCGGUCCGGUUACAGGAAAUACAGAGUCUGCUCACUAACUGGAAGGGGCCAGACCUGACCAGCUACGGGGAACUGGUGCUUGAGGGAACCUUCCGCCUCCAGCGAGCCAAGAACGAGCGGACGCUCUUCCUCUUCGACAAGCUGCUGCUCAUCACGAAGAAGAGAGAUGACACGUUUACGUACAAAGCUCACAUCCUGUGUGGCAACCUCAUGCUCGUGGAGGUGAUUCCAAAGGAGCCACUCAGCUUCAGCGUCUUCCACUACAAGAAUCCCAAGCUGCAGCACACAGUCCAGGCCAAAUCCCAGCCAGACAAACGCCUCUGGGUUCUGCACCUAAAGAGACUGAUUCUAGAGAACCACGCAGCCAAGAUUCCAGCUAAGGCCAAGCAAGCAAUCCUUGAAAUGGAUGCUGUUCACUACCCAGGCUUCUGUUACAGUCCUGAGGGAGACACGAAAGCGUUCUGUGGCUCUAAAGAAGGUUCUGCUCCGCAUCGGCUGAGAAGAAAAUCGGAACCUUCCUCACGAUCACAUAAAGUUUUGAAGACCAGUGAAACAGCACAAGACAUCCGAAAGGUUUCUAGAGAGGAAGGAUCUCCCCAGCUGACUUCAGCAAGGCCAUCUCAUGCCCAGAGAAGCAGUCAGCCUAGCAGUUCUUCCAUGAUCAGCGUGCUUCGAGCAGGUGGAGCCAUCAGAAACAUCUGGACUGAUCACCAGAUCAGGCAAGCCUUGUUUCCCAGCCGACGGUCCCCACAGGAGAACGAGGAUGACGAGGAUGAUUAUCAGCUGUUCGUGCCAUCCUUUUCCUCUUCAGAUCUGAACUCUACCAGACUCUGUGAAGACAGCACUUCUAGUCGCCCUUGUAGCUGGCAUAUGGGACAGAUUGAGUCCACUGAGACCUCCAGCUCUGGUCACAGGAUUGUCAGGCGGGCCAGCAGUGCUGGGGAGAGCAACACCUGCUCUCCUGAAAUAAGAACUAGGGACAGAACGAGGGAACUGCAGAACGGCCUUGAAACAGAAGGGCAGGAGGAGAUGAAUCCCUUUGGGUCAUCCGUAGAGUUGACUAUUGAUGACAUAGACCACGUCUAUGAUAACAUCAGUUAUGAGGACUUAAAAUUGAUGGCUGCUAAGCGGGAGGAAGCUGAAUCCACUCCCUCCAAAUCAGCCUGGGACUCCGUUCGCCCCAAGAGCACCCCAGAGCUAGCCUUCACAAAGAGGCAAGCUGGCCACAGCAACGGCUCUCUUUACGCACAAAAGGAUGGCGCGCUUUCAGGUGGAGAGGCAUCCAGCCAGAGCACGCGUGAACUCCAGGCGGUUGAGGAGAACAUCUACGAUACCAUAGGACUCCCAGAUCCUCCGUCACUGGGUUUUAAGUCCAGCAGCCUAAAGCGUGCCAAGCGGAGCACCUUUUUGGGUCUGGAGGCCGACUUCGUGUGCUGUGACAGCCUGAGGCCAUUUGUUUCCCAAGGCAGUCUCCAGUUCAGUGAGGACGAAGCCCCUUACCACCAGGCUACCCCCGAUCAUGAUUAUCUGAGUUUCCUCUAUGACUCUCCCAGCUGUAACUUGUCCAUGCCUGAGAAGCCUGUAUCUGAUAAACUGUCCGAAGAAGUCGAUGAAAUCUGGAAUGACCUGGAAAAUUACAUCAAGAAAAAUGAAGACAAGGCCAGAGACCGUCUCCUUGCAGCGUUUCCUGUGAGCAAGGAUGAUGUGCCGGACAGGCUGCACACAGAGGGCCGCCCUGAGCUGAGCCGGGACACAGGGCGCACUGUGUCCACACUGUCCCUGCCUGAGAGCCAGGCUCUCCUCACACCUGUGAAGAGCAGGCCUGGCAGAGCCAGCCAUGCCAACUGCCCCUUUGAGGAAGACCUGAUUUCUAAAGAAGGCUCCUUUCUGAGCCUCAACCGGAUCUCUCUGGCCAGUGAGAUGCCCCUCAUGGACAGUCCCUAUGACCUGGCCGGCAGUGGCCUGUCUCAAACAGACCCAGAAAACCCUGACCCGGGGAUGGAGGCCAUAGAUAAGACAAAAAGCAGGGUGUUUAUGAUGGCUCGUCAGUACAGUCAGAAGAUUAAGAAGGCAAAUCAGCUUUUAAAAGUGAAAAGUCCGGAGCUGGAGCAGCCACUGGCCAGUCAGCAUCAGAAAUCUGUGCAUAAAGACCUGGCUGCCAUCUUGGAAGAGAAGAAGCAAGGAGGGCCCGCCAUUGGUGCCAGGAUUGCUGAGUAUUCUCAGCUGUAUGACCAGAUUGUAUUCAGAGAGUCUCCCUUGAAAAUUCAGAAGGAUGGCUGGGCCAGCUCCAAAGCAUCCUCCCUCCUGAGGUCUGUGUCACCUUCCCAGGUCCACCAUGGCAGUGAAGAUUGGCUUCUGCACUCAACCUAUAGUAAUGGAGAGCUGGCAGAUUUCUGUCCCCCACCAGAGCAAGACUUGAGAUCAAGAUGUCCCACGUUUGAGAUCAAUACAAAAAGUACUCCCAGGCACUUGUCCGCAGCUUGCUCUGUGCCUUCUCUGCAAACCUCCGACCCUCUGCUGGACUCCAUGCAGAGAUGCAGCGUGGUAGUGAGUCAGCCCAACAAAGAGAACGCGUGUCAGGGCCAUCUGUACAACUCCUUGGGUCGGAAAGGGAUCAGCGCUAAAUCUCAGCCUUAUCACAGGUCCCAGUCAUCUUCCUCCGUCUUGAUAAACAAAUCAAUGGACUCCAUCAACUACCCUAGUGAAGUGGGAAAGCAGCAGCUGCUGUCUUUACACAGAAGUUCACGGUGUGAGAGUCACCAGGACUUGCUGGCGGAUAUUGCUGACUCACGUCAGCAGGGCCCUGAAAAACUCUCAGAUCUCACACUCCAAGACUCACAGAAAGUUUUGGUGGUCAAUAGAAAUGUACCCUUAAAUGCCCAAAUAGCAACACAAAAUUAUUUUUCCAAUUUCAAAGAGCCUGAUGGAGAUGAAGAUGACUAUGUGGAAAUCAAGUCAGAAGAAGAUGAGUCAGAGCUGGAGCUUGCUCACAGUCGUAGAAGGAAAUCUGACUCAAAGUACGUGGAUGCUGGCUUUUCUGGUAAUGCCUGCAGCAGCAACACAUCUCAUUCUUUGAAUAGUCCAUGCACUCCCAAAAAGCAGGUUAACAGCAAACUUGGGCUUUCACCAUUUCUGACACCAUAUAAUGAUUCUGACAAACUGAAUGACUAUCUUUGGAGGGGGCCAUCUCCCAAUCAACAAAAUAUUGUCCAGUCUCUAAGGGAAAAAUUUCAGUGUCUCAGUUCGAGCAGUUUUGCUUAAGGUUCUUCAUGAUAACUGCCUGAAUUUUCUUAUUUUGCUCAUAAAAUAUUACAGAUACUGAUGAGGUGUUUUAUGUGUACCAGAUUAAAACGGUUUUGUAAGAACCAGAGGUGUAAAAUAUACUUUCUUUUACAGCACAAUGUUUUGAAAUGGCUGACGAUGCAGCCAGGAUUGUACUGUAGCACGUGUUGGCAUCAACAAUGUAUUUUCUGAUGCUGAAUGUCUUCAUGUUUCAUGUAAGUCAGUCUUAGUUGAACAUUUUUUAGACUUUUAACAUCAUGGCCAUAUUUUUUUGCAUAUCCUGCCAAUAGCGCUCACAUCUUAAGAAAUGCAACAGCCGGGCGCAGUGGCUCACGCCUAUAAUCCCAGCACUUUGGGAGACCGAGGCAGGUGGAGUGCCUGAGCUCAGCAGUUCGAGACCAGCCUGGGCAACACGGUGAAACCCCAUCUCAAAAAAAAAAAGCAAUAAUCCAAUAAUCCUUUCCUAUUAUCCAGAAGGCCAGGGUAGUUUUAUCCUAUGACUCAAAGGCAGCAAGGAGACUUUUUCAUGUUUUAAAAGGCAGCGAAAGCUGUUUAAAGAAUUAUGCUUAUAUCUCACAUUUUGGUUAUAUUUGCAGCAAGACCUUAGGAUAACUUAAGCCAGAGAUAUGUAAUUGGAGUGUAGCCCGAGGUGCCCAUUUUAGGGUUUCUAUGCUAGUAUUCUUCUUUUUUUUUAAUUUUAUUUUUAUAUUCUUUUAUCAUUUCAUUUUGAUGCAGAAAUUGUGUGACUGUUGAAAAUUAAAACAUAGCAGGACCCAUUGUCUGUAUGCAAAACCUCUAACCUGUAUUCCCGGACAAGGCCUAGAGAAUGAGCUACUCAUCGUGUUUAUAAAAUAAUUUCUGGGGUGAAAUGAAUGAUUUCCUUAAUGGCUUAGAGAAAACCAAGGUUAAUAAAAUGCAAAUUGACUUAGCUGUUAAAACAGAUGGCAUGACUUCCUGGAACCACUUGAUUACCUCUUCAAAUGACAGUUGAAAGAGAAAAAACAAAACUGAAAUCCCGCCAGAUCAUUUUGUUUGCCUGUUUCUAAUCAAUACAAAGUUAAGCAUGAGCUAAAAUAAGCAAAGCGCUUUAAACUUACCCUUUCCAGAGCAGUUUUUCACAGGCAUGUCAUGAGUUUGAGAUUCUGCCAAAUGACCUGCUGGAUCCUGGCCCUGAGGAGUCGUUGGCUGCAGGAAUGGGCAAGAAUCUAUUUCCUGAACCACACAUGAUAUGGGAGCCUGUUUUCAUUGUCUUCAGGUAUAUAAAAGAAUGAAAUACUUGGUUAGUAGGUGCUAAUAACACCUUUUAUGUUGUGACCAUUUGUCACAUUUAGUUGUGACACUGUAUACUAAUCUAACUCCUUAUGAAAGGCUACAGAAAAAUAAAAAUAAGGCAUUGUGAAUAAAAAAAGUCAAAGAAGCUAAAGAGAAAAAUGAAGGCAGAUUUAUUGCGACUUUAUAAAAAUAUUCUAUUUUACUGAAGACUGCAGUUAAUGCAGCAAGAAUGUUUUCUCAAGGGGUGGUCUUAGUAUUUUCAUUUUAAUCAGGUGUACAUUCUAUGGCCUUUCCCCCACACUCUUAGUUUCUAUUUUAAAAGAUACAAUAAUAUGGCCAGGCGUAGUGGCUCACGCCUGUAAUCCAAGCACUUUGGAGGCCAAGGUGGGCAGAUCACCUGAGGUUGGGAGUUCAAGACCAGCCUGACCAACAUGGUGAAACCCUGUCUUUAAAAAAAAAAAUACAAUAAUAUAUGUAGGGGCCUGGACUUUUCAUUUAAAGGUAAGUAGUAAUAUUGAGUAAGUGACAUAAUUGUUUUCCUCUUUGUAAGUCCUAUGCCUCUUAUCUUAUCUGUCAGACAUAAUAUAUGAGCAUUUUUAUCUUACAAAUAGGUAUCUAAGGCAUUUGAUUUUCUUUUUAAAUAACAAAAAAUAACCCAAGUUUCUUGCUUCUCCAAAGUAUUCUUAAAGCUUAUGAAACAAGCCGGGCGCGGUGGCUCACGCCUGUAAUCCUAGCACUUUGGAAGGCCGAGGUGGGUGGAUCACCUGAGGUCAGGAGUUCAAGACCAGCCUGCCAUCAUGGUGAAACCCCAUCUUAGAAAAAAAAAAAAAAAAGCUUAUGAAACAAAGUCCACAUUGAGUAGCUGGUCUGGAAACAUUCCUUCUUUUAUUGUCUUUAUUUAAAAAAUAUGAUCAAUGAAGCCACAUCUGGAAAAGAUAAAAAAUAAAAAUAAACAUAAUAUGAGUUUUCAAGAUGAAACAGUUUUUUUAAAAAGUACAAGAAAGUUUGUUUUGUUUUGUGUUUUGAGACCGAGUCUCACUCUGUUGCAGUGGUGUGAUCUUGGCUCGCUGCAACCUCCACCUCCCAAAUUUCAGCGAUUCUCCUGCCUCAGCCUCCUGAGUAGCUGGAAUUACUGCCACUACCGGUCACUACACCUGGCUAAUUUUUGUGUUAGUAGUAGAGACAGGGUUUCACCAUGUUCCCAGGCUGGUCUCGAACUCCGACCUCAGGCGAUCCGCCUGCCUCAGCCUCCCAAAGUGUUGGGAUGAUAGGCAUGAGCCAUUGUGCCCGGCCAAGAAAGCAUGUUUUUAGAGGUGUGUGGAAGUGCAUUCGUAUUACCUAUGAACAAAAUUACCUGACUCUUGUCCCAGGAAAGCUGUUUUGCAUUUUUGCUUUUUCGGUUGAUAUUAUUCAGUUCUAUAUCGUUCAUAUUAUCGUUCUGUCUGACUCAGAAUUACUUCUUCACACCAGUGUCUUAUUGCACGACUUUGAUGUCACCUAUACGAAUACACCUCACUGCAUGUCAGUGGGUAUCUUACUGUGGAAAAUAUCUACAUGGCUUUAGGUUUUAGGACAAAUCUGUAGUUUUAUAGAUUAUUUCUGUUGGCCAGGACCCAGAUUUUGAGAGCUGUGUGUAUAUAUAUAUAUAAAAUCAUGUUUGUACUUUUUUCCUCAAAGUUAUCAAUUGCUUUUGUUUAAAAUAGUUUCUUUUAGAGGUGGGGUGGGGAUGUACAUAACGGGGAAAUGUUAUAUGUACUUUAAAGUAUGUCAAGUUCUUAUUAGUUUCCUUUACUGAAGGUUCAAUUUUUUUUAUAUAAGUUUACUUUUCAUCUGCUCUAUUCUUUGUGGGGGGAAAAAUGCAUCUAGGAAAACAUAGUUUAAAUACUGUAUAUAAGAUAAUGAAAUUAGUAAUGCCCAUUAUUUAAUAAAGUUUGUAAAGUACAAAGUAA